AUGUCUCUCACUACGCGCCUCCCAUUCCUCUUCCUCGCCCUUAUCGCCCUCACAAUCUCAGCCCUAGCCGCCGACAGUAUCCUCCCCACAGCAGCCUCAAGUACAUUCCCGCAGUGCGGUUUGACCUGCACCACCCUGACAACCGCCCAGACGUCCUGCGAAGCAGCCGACGCCUCCACCUGGACCUCAUGCUUCUGCGAGUCAUCCCUGCUCACCGGCCUCAAAACCUCCGGCAGCAUCUGCUCCACCUGUAACGCCGCCGACCAAGCCACCCUCUCAACCUGGUACAAUAACUACUGCAACUCCGGCGGCAAGGAUACAUCCAACACCGCUGCCACAACAACCACAGCAGCCGCAGGCGCAACUGGUUCCAGCUCAAGCGCAACCCAAAACAAAUCCGGCACCACCACAGACGAGAAUAAGUCAUGGUGGAGUACCCACUACCGCUGGGUCAUUAUGAUCAUCGUGCUGGCCAUCGGAUUCACUGCCAUCGGCGUACUCGGCGUAUGGCUCAAGCGUCGCUAUGACGCUAAACGGCCCAAUCUCUAUCACGGCGGUAGCAGCAGCUUGCUGAGCACAGCUUCCCCGCCCGUUCCGCCCGAUGCCGCCUGGUCCGGCGCCCCACCGGUGCCGGUGCAGGCCGCCGGUCUGGGUGCGGAUUCCCUGGCUAGUAGCUCGCGCUCUACAAUGGCCAAGACUAGCACUCCUGUCCCCGGGACUAGGACGCGAUUGACGAAGGUUGAGCCGGCCUCUGGGGAUGUGGAGAUUCGGCAGGUUUAG